GAUCUGGGGUGGGGUCCAGAGUCCAGUGAAACCCAGACUGUCCCGAAGGCACCCCAGGGCGGCCGGGUCCCUCCCCCAGGGCAGCUGUUCCUAAGAAUAGCCCCCCCUAGCAAAAGGGCACACAACAGCUGGGAGGGGGAGGAGCAGGAGAGCCGAGCUCAGCUCGGGAGCAGCCAGGUUGCGGGGGAGGAUGGCUGCUUGUCCACAGGACAGAGCCGUGGUGGCAGGGCCAGCACCGGGGCCAGGGGCUCGGGGGGAGCGCGACAGGUAGGAAAACGCAGGCUUGGGAGCGUGGACAGACGACGCUGCCGCAGGAGAGGGUGUUUAGCAUGGCGGUAAAGACGCCGUGAGGAUGUCCGUGUCCGAUACAGGGAGUUCCUGGGUUCAAUGCCAGGCUCCGGCCUCCUGCUACUGCGGACCCUGGGAGGCAGCAGCCAGAGCUCAGGUGUACUUCGGGCGCUGGCUGAUCGAGGGGGGCCCUCUGGUGGUGCUGUUGGACGUGGGGGCCUCCGCCUGGGCCCUGGAGCGCUGGAAGGGAGAGCUCUGGGACACCUGCAACAUCGGGGUGCCCUGGUACGACCGCGAGGCCAACGACGCUGUCCUCUUUGGCUUCCUCACCACCUGGUUCCUGGGUGAGUUCCUGGCCCAGAAUGAGGAGAAGCCGCACGUGGUCGCACACUUCCACGAGUGGCUGGCGGGCAUCGGGCUUUGCCUGUGCCGAGCCCGGCGGCUGCCCGUGGCGACCAUCUUCACCACCCAUGCCACACUGCUGGGGCGUUACCUGUGUGCCGGCGCUGUGGACUUCUACAACAACUUGGAGAACUUUAACGUGGACAAGGAAGCCGGUGAGAGGCAGAUAUACCACCGCUACUGCAUGGAGCGGGCAGCGGCCCACUGCGCCCACGUCUUCACUACCGUGUCACAGAUCACCGCCAUCGAGGCCCAGCACCUGCUCAAGAGGAAGCCAGACAUUGUGACCCCCAACGGCCUGAAUGUGAAGAAGUUCUCUGCCAUGCACGAGUUCCAGAACCUCCAUGCCCAGAGCAAGGCUCGGAUCCAGGAGUUUGUGCGGGGUCACUUUUAUGGACACCUAGACUUCAACUUGGACAAGACCUUGUACUUCUUUAUCGCUGGCCGCUACGAGUUCUCCAACAAGGGGGCCGACGUCUUCCUGGAGGCCUUGGCUCGGCUCAACUACCUGCUCAGAGUGAACGGCAGCGAGCAGACGGUGGUCGCCUUCUUCAUCAUGCCGGCUCGGACCAACAAUUUCAACGUGGAGACACUGAAGGGCCAGGCCGUGCGCAAACAGCUUUGGGACACAGCCAACACGGUGAAGGAGAAGUUCGGGAGGAAGCUGUAUGAAUCCUUGCUGGUGGGGAGCCUCCCGGACAUGAACAAGAUGCUGGACAAGGAAGACUUCACCAUGAUGAAGAGGGCCAUCUUUGCCACGCAGCGGCAGUCUUUCCCCCCCGUGUGCACCCACAACAUGCUGGACGACUCCUCGGACCCCAUCCUCACCACCAUCCGCCGAAUCGGCCUCUUCAACAGCAGUGCCGACAGGGUGAAGGUGAUUUUCCACCCAGAGUUCCUGUCCUCCACAAGCCCCCUGCUCCCUGUGGACUACGAGGAGUUCGUCCGUGGCUGCCACCUGGGGGUCUUCCCCUCCUACUACGAGCCUUGGGGCUACACACCAGCCGAGUGCACGGUGAUGGGCAUCCCCAGCAUCUCCACCAACCUCUCGGGCUUCGGCUGCUUCAUGGAGGAACACAUCGCAGACCCCUCGGCCUACGGCAUCUACAUCCUGGACCGGCGCUUCCGCAGCCUGGACGACUCCUGCUCGCAGCUCACCUCCUUCCUCUACAGCUUCUGCCAGCAGAGCCGCAGGCAGCGCAUCAUCCAGCGGAACCGCACCGAGCGCCUCUCCGACCUCCUGGACUGGAAGUACCUGGGCCGGUACUACAUGUCUGCUCGCCACAUGGCCCUGGCCAAGGCCUUUCCGGAUCACUUCACCUACGAGCCACACGAGGCGGAUGCGACCCAGGGCUACCGCUACCCGCGGCCCGCCUCUGUGCCACCGUCGCCCUCGCUGUCGCGGCACUCGAGCCCACACCAGAGCGAGGACGAGGAGGAGCCCCGGGACGGGCUCCCCGAGGAAGACGGAGAGCGUUACGACGAGGAUGAGGAGGCCGCCAAGGACCGGCGCAACAUCCGCGCCCCGGAGUGGCCGCGCCGGGCCUCCUGCACCUCGUCCAGCGGCGGGAGCAAGCGCAGCAACUCGGUGGACACCAGCUCGCUCAGCACCCCCAGCGAGCCCCUGAGCCCCGCCAGCUCCCUGGGCGAGGAGCGCAACUGAGUCCCCCGCCCCCACCUCGCUCCCGCCCGGCCCGACACCCAGAGGCGCUGCGGGAGCCACACUCCGCGUGAUCCGCACCCAGCCCCAGCCCGCACACUCCAGCCCCCGUCCCCAGCUCUGCUCUCGGGGCCCCCACACCCCACACUCCACAACGCCGUGCCUUUCUUGGGUUUCAGAACACAUAAUCUGUACCCCAGAGCUCUGCAGGCCGGGGCCAGUCCCUGAGGCCGGCAGCUGCCGCUACCACUCCUGGGUGAUGCCAGUGGCCAUUGCCUUCCGGGCUGAGGUCCCCCGGGUGCUCCCGGCUCGUCCGUCCUGCAGCAGACAGGGUGGCACUGCCAGCGCUGGGAGCCACACGGCGUCCCUGCUGACGGGACAAGUCACCUUCAGGGACCCGAGACAGCUGAGUGCGGACGGCCGUCCGUCUGAACACAGGCUCCGGGACGGCUCCUCUCGCGUUCUUCCUGGGGUGCUCAGUUCUGCUGGAGCACCCCCCCAGAUACACUCCUGUGGUCCCAACUCUGGCCAAGCCAGGGGUGGCCGAACCCCUUGGCUCCUCAUUCCUUUUGGCGAGCCAUACAGCCUGUGUGGACACUUCUGUGCCGGCCUGGCCUUUCCCAGACUAGACCCCAGCCUCCUUCCUAGCUGGAGACAGACUCCUGGUGCCUUCCAGGGAAUCGCCGUGCUGGGGCCAGAGCUGACGGUCUCCCCGCCUCCGUCCCCACCGCCUCCCGUCUCAGCCGCCUUGAAACCACUGGGCUCCGGGGCUGGCUGUUGAACCUGGAGCCUCACCACUGUGCGCGUCCAGGCCCCUUUCUCCUGAUCAGAACUGAGCCCACUGGGUUCUAGAACAUUCACGUUUACCUCGAGGCCCUCCCGCCCCCAAGCUGUGCCCGCCCCGGCUUCGGAGCAAGGGAGGGCCCUCACGUGUGCUGUGCCGUGUCUGCUGCUCUAUUUGGUUUGCAGGGGGCAGGAGUGGGAUUGGCGUGCAUCCAGAGAUGAGAAAAUACAUCUAUUUAAGAA